UUUAGAAAAGUCAAAAAUAUUUCUUGUGAUUUAUUCUACACGUAGGAGUUUCCCUUUUACUGAUUAUCGACCAAACAAAGCGGGUAUCAUCACAUACAAUACUCAAAGGAAUUCAAAGGACUCCGGCUGUACAUAAUUAUGAUUCUAAAGAAAUUCUGCCUGAGAUACUACCCACCAGGGAUAGCACUCAGCUUUCAAAAUGACAACGGCGAGGAGGAGCUUAGACAUAUUGAUUUGCUGGACAUGAACAGAGAAACGGACCUGAGUGCUCUAGCUACGCGUCUCAUAACCACUGAGCCUUUGCUGAAAGACGAAAUGCACUCCCAGUUGAAAGAUGUCCUUGUGAAAAUAAGGGACAAAUUGAGGGAGCCUACUCGGAAGAAAUAUUAUCUGUACAGGACCUUGUGUUCACACAUUUUGCCGCUAACCAAUGUUAGUUUUGAUAGAAACGGGGAGAGAUGUUUAACUGGAAGCUAUGAUAGAACCUGCCAUGUAGUAAACACGAAAACUGGAGAGGAGGAGCAUGUACUUCGAGGUCAUAAUAAUGUUGUGUUUUCCGUUGGAUUUAACCAGCCUCUUUGUGAUCGAAUCAUAACUAGUUCAUUCGACAAAAGCGUAAAAAUUUGGCAUGUCGCCAAUGGGGCUUGCUGCAAUACAUAUUUUGGUCACAGUGCGGAAGUAAUUGCCGCAGAAUUCAAUCCUCACAACUUCGACACUAUCGCCACAGCAUCCAUGGAUAAGACAUCCAAAAUUUUCCAUGUGGAGACAGCACAAGAGAUAGCUUCUUUGAAUGACCACCAAGCAGAAGUAAUAUCUUCCAGAUUCAGUAAGGAAGGCAAUUUGCUACUAACCGGUUCAUUCGACAAAACUGCCAUUAUAUGGGACACAAGGACUCAUGAAUCCAUUGGUGUCCUUCGAGGUCAUACCUCGGAGCUCAGCAAUUCAAUAUGGAAUUUUUCUUGUGCGAUGGUGGCCACAAGCUCCUUAGACUCUACAGUUCGUGUUUGGGAUCUGCGGGAUCUAGAACGGCCACUUCACGAUAUCAAAGCACAUCGAAAUGAAGUUUUGGACAUAGCAUUCGACUAUCCUGGAAGAAGGUUAGCUACAGCAAGUAGCGAUUAUACCGCGAAAGUUUGGGAUGUUUGCGGUGAACUUGAAAUGCUGGCUACGAUGACCGGUCAUACGGAUGAGAUUUCUAAGGUUUGCUUCAGUCCACCUGGAGGACUUUUGUUAACUGCUUCAGCAGAUGGAACUGCGCGAAUAUGGCUUUCAGACUCUGGAAUUUGUUCUCAAGUGCUGAGUGGUCAUGAACAGGAAUUGUUCUCCUGCGCUUUCAGCUAUACAGGCGACGUCAUUAUAACUGCUUCCAAGGAUAAUACGUGCAAAAUUUGGAGAUGAUACGAUUGGUACACCGUGAAUUUGACGAGUGAUAGUGAAUAAAUGUUAAAUUUUUGGAAGCGGGUAUUGUUUUCUAUGAACAAUGUUUUAUAAUGAUCACUAGGUAAAUUUCGAUGGUAAAACUUUGGAAAAAUAUAUCACAUAUAAAUGUAAAUGGAAUUGUUUAUUUGACCUAUAGAAAGUCCUCAGAGAAACAACCAGGUUCCAGGAACCAUUGAGAUACGACACUUUUUUUUAGGAACUGGGGAGUCCUAAGUUCGCAUCCACUUAAUGCCGGACCGGACCAAAUGGAGAGCAACUUGCUUGCUUGCUUCAAAGAAACUUUUGCAAAAUUCUUUCAUAAUAAAAUCAAUCAAUCACAUUCGUAUUCAAUGAAGAGCAUAAACGUAACAUAAACACAUCAAAUUAAUAAAUAGUAUUAAU